ACGCCGAGCGCGCACGAGCACCAUGCCGCCCGACACGAUCAGUGUCACCUUCCUCGGCACCGCCGCAGGGCGUCCCUCGACCACCCGCAACGUUUCGUCGCUCGUCGUCAAGCUCGACUCGAAGCUGUGGGUCUUUGACGCGGGCGAGGCGACGCAGCACCAGUUCAUGGACGACCGCUGUAGCUUGUCGAUGAGCCGGGUCGCCCGCCUCUUCAUCACGCACAUGCAUGGCGACCACAUCAACGGCCUUCCGGGCCUCCUCUGCACCAUCAGUGCCGGCGAGGGGAGCGUGCUGCCCGGGCAGGAAGACCCACGACUCGGCGGCUCGCAGGGUAUUCCUCCGACCGAGAUCUACGGGCCGUCAGGCCUGCGCCUCUUCCUGCGCACCUGCCUCGCCCUCACCCAGUCGAUCCUCUCCCGGCCUUAUGUCGUCCACGAGCUCCUGUUCGCCGACGAGCCCGAGGAGGUCGGCGAGCUGCACCCGAGCGAGAGGCGCGGGAGGAGCAUCCGGGCCGACGAGCGGGGCUUCUGGAGAGACGUCGUCGGCGAGGCAGAGGGCGGCGGGGUGAGCGUGUCGGCCGGCCCGAUACAGCACACGAUCCGCUGCCUCGGCUACCUCCUGUCAGAAGCGCCUCGAGCGCUCCCCAUCCAGCCCAACCUGUACAUCCCGCACCUCAAAAAGCCCGCCAACGCCGCCGCACUCGCCGCGCAGGGCAUCAAGAACCCGCUCUCGAUCCUGUCGCAGCUGCAGACGUCGCGCGAGCCCGUCACGCUCGCCGACGGUACGGUCCUGCGCCCGCCCGACCCGAACCCGCACGGCGGUCGGCGCGUCAUGAUCCUCGGCGACACGUUCGACGCGCGCGCCUUGGUCGAGCUCGUGCGCCCGGCGGACUCGAGCGGCAAGCCGGCUGCCGGCGAGGUCGACCUCGUCGUGCACGAGUCGACCAACGCGUACCUCCCGACGUGGGACGACUCGCACGCGCCGAGCAAGCAGCGCGACGGCGCGCUUGUCACCGAGGCGAGCGUGCGCGCCCUCGCGCGCGAGCACGGGCACAGCACGCCGCAGGUCGCCGGCGAGUUUGCGCGCCUCGUCGGCGCGCGCGAGCUCGUCCUGAACCACCUCAGCGUCAAGUACCCGGACCCAGACGCGCGAGGGGCCCAGGGCGCGAGCGACGAGAGCCGGGCCAAGUGGCGGGGCAUGCUCGGCGAGAUCGAGCGCCAGGCGGACGAGGCGUUGCGAGGAGGCGGGCGCGUCGACGAGGGCGUGGAGGUCGAGGGCAGCCGGACGGCGAGGGUCCGCACGGCGAGCGACUUUAUGACGGUCGACGUCGUCAGGAGGGACAAGCGGCAAUGACCAGGGCUGCAGGUCGAGCCUGUCUGCGGC